AUGGAGAGAAGAUGGGAAGAUGAUGAUGAUGACUCGCAUCAUAGACCAAGAUAUAGCAGCACAACCAGCAGCAGUAGCAAUGGAAGCAAGCAGGGUGGUGAUGGUGUAGUUGCAACAACAACAGAGAGCAAUACAACACAACAACAACAACAACAGACUACUACUGGUGCACCAGAGGAGGAGGAACAACUUGAUGAGUUUGGAAGACCUCUGAGACCAGGCAGAGAGAGCUCAGACAGCGAUAGUGAUCGAGACUACAGGGGCAACUAUAGACGACGUGGUCGCGACAAUAGACGAGACGAGAGACACUCGCCCGGCCGUGGCGGAGAAAGAAAGAGAGAUCAUUCCCCCGACAAGAGGGGCGGCGGUGGUGGCGGUCCACGUGGUGGUGGCGACGAGAGUCCCAGAGACUUUAGACAUGACAACAGGAGGAGAAGGGAGGACUGGAUGGACAACAGGGGCAACGAAUAUAACAACAACAACAGCAGCAGUGGUGUUGCUGGUGGCGGCAGCAAUGGAAGACAGAUGUCCAACUCGAUGCCAGGCAUCCCACCCCCGAGGAAUGGCCGCGAGGACAAUCACAUCAACAUGACCGACAGCAGCCGCGACUUGUCAAAGUCGGCACAGCUGACGAGACGACCACCAAAGAGAGGCGACAUAUUCGACGGACAGUUUAAGACAUACAAGCAGUUCCUGGACUACCAGGACGACUCGAUCGUGCCCACUGAUGCCGACAAGAAGUACGAGGAGUACAAGGUGGAGUUUGCCAAGCGACAGGCACGUCUCUUCUUCAAGGACCACCAGACCGAGGAAUGGUUCCGCGAGAAGUACGACCCAGUCUACCUCGUCAGGAAGAAGAAGGAGAAGAUCUCCUUUGCACAAUCUAGAUUGCCAACCUUUAAGUCCAUGUUGGCUGAUGAGAAUCAUAACUUCUCACUGGCAUUAAAGGACGAGAGUUUGAAGGAUGGCGAGAAGAUGGUGGAUGGAAUGGACACACAUGACCAUGAUGAUCAUGAUCACGAUCACGACGAUCACCAUCACGACGACAAGACAGAUAUCACAUCAUCAGGACAUCAGCUGCAGCAACAACAACAACAACAGCAGCAGAAGAACAACGCCACACUAUUUAUCAAGGCCAUCUCACCAACAUGUACAAAAGAGGAAUUAUUAGAGGUGCUCAACAAGGUUGGCACCGAGUCGGAGCCCAACGUCGUGGUCAAGCUGACGCUCAGCGAGCCCAUGAAAUACAAGAUGUUCUACCGACUUGGAUGGGUAACCUUCAAGUCCAGCGAAUACUCCCUAAGGGCUCUGAAGGAGUUGAAUGGAACAAAGAUGAGGGACUUUGAUUUGCUGUUGACAAUCAACAAGCAGGUGCAGGACACACAGAAGAAGUUUAGGAUAUCGCCAAAGAUUGCAUCGAGCGAACAGAGGAUAUCAAUAGACUUGGCACAGGCCAUCAACAUGGCCAAGCAUUUGGAUCAAGAUCGUGAGAUAGUGGACAACCCACUAUUGUCUGAUGAGCGAUACGAAUCACUCCCUGAGAUCGAGCGACUAGAUAAGAUGAUCCAUUAUCUACGCCAUGUGCAUUUGUUUUGCUACUAUUGCUCGGAGGAGUACAACGACGUGGACGAGAUCGAGAGGAAGUGUGGCUCCGUCCAUCUUAGACGACUGCCAAGCAGCAGCGACGACUCCACUACCACAUCAACCAAACCAGCAUCGACAAUGUCCGUUGGAGAAGACGACGCCAACGAACAAAACAACAAUGAUCAAUCUAACGACCAGAUGGACAUCGAUUCCAAAGUGUCGGACUCUGACCAAGUAUGGGUUACGAACUUGGACAACAACAUUAAAGCAAAGAUCACCAAGAUACUCAACCACGAACAAUACACUUGCCAACAGGCGGCCGAGAAGAGCGCCGAGGAGUUUAUUGACAUCAACACCUUCAAGAUCGAAGAGGAGAAGUAUAGAUGCUCUCUGUGCGCCAAGCUCUUCAAGGGUGCAGAGUAUGUCAAGAAGCACAUUAACCUCAAGCACCCAGAGGAGUUGAAGAAGGACUCUGAGGAGAAGGGCAAUGCUGAGCAAUUCUUUUUAAACUACUUCUCCGACCCAAGGAGAUUGACCCAGCCAUCACAACAGCAACUGCUAUAUCAGAAUCAACGUGGAAUGAUGCCAGGAAUGCCACCAAGACCAAGAUGGAAUGGACCAUGGGACCCCAACAUGGCACUCCAACAGAUGAUCCCCACAAUGAUGGCGGCCAACCAGACCAUGGCAGCAAUGGGCGGACAGGUGUAUCCUGGCGUCGCACCCAUGUUUGCCAACCCUAACUUGAGGACACGCGGCCUGCCCCUCCCCGUACCCAUCCAGAUUCGUCGCGGCAACUAUCAGAUGCCCAACGUUGUUGUGGCCAACCCAGGCGGACAGCCCGCAGGUGUGAUGCAGGGUGCUGGCGGCGUGCGAUACCGUCCCUACCCCGCGGCAGCCCCAAUGCGCAAUGUGCCCGUGGCACCAGCCGACCCUCGCGGUAUCCGCGAGUAUGUCGACCUGGAUGCUGCGCCCACCGGCGCAAUGCCCGAGAUUGAUUAUGGAGCAGCGCUCAAGGAGUACCAGAAUAAACGAAGCCAGUCAUGA